UCUCUUUCUUUCUUGGUUGAUCUGCAACGAGUCGUUUUGAAUGAUCACCGAGCUCGGCGCCUCUCUCUCGUCGUCAAUGUCGUCCGGCGCAUCGAAUUGAAACUCGCGGCGGCCUAGAUUUGGAGUCCUGUUUGAAUUUCUAGUCUUCCUAAUCGGAUUCGUCGGUUUGGGUGAUUGGGCUUUAGGGUUUUGAGGAAAUGAAGUCGUCGUUGGAUAGGCUUCGGAGAUUUGAACUCUACAAGAGUGGUUCUAAAGAGAAGAGGAUCUUUCAACCCUCGCCUCAUGUCGAUGAGCUCGCUCAGGCUUCUCAGGACAUGCAAGAAAUGAGAAAUUGCUAUGAUAGCUUACUUUCCGCAGCAGCUGCUACUGCCAACAGCGCCUACGAAUUCUCUGAAUCAUUGCGGGAAAUGGGUUCUUGUCUGCAGGAGAAAACUGCAUUACAUGAUGAUGAGCAUGGUGGUAGAGUUUUUCUAAUGUUGGGGAAAGUGCAGUUUGAGCUUCAAAAGCUUGUUGAUUCUUAUCGCUCUCAUAUAGUUUCAACAGUCACAAACCCAUCAGAGUCUCUUCUCAAUGAACUUCGAACAGUUGAGGAAAUGAAGCGACAAUGUGAUGAGAAAAGAGAGGUUUAUGAAUACAUGUUAGCACAACAAAAAGAAAAAGGGAGAUCAAAACGUGGGAAAGGUGAAAGCUUUACUAUGCAGCAACUGCAAGUCGCUCGUGAUCAAUAUGAUGAGGAUGCUACACUCUGUGUUUUUCGGUUGAAGUCCCUGAAGCAAGGGCAAGCCCGAAGUCUUCUAACACAAGCAGCUCGCCACCAUGCUGCUCAGCUGAACUUCUUCCGGAAAGGCCUCAAGUCACUUGAGGCUGUUGAGCCGCAUGUUAGGCUGGUUACUGAGGAGCAACAUAUUGAAUACCAAUUUAGUGGACUUGAAGACGAUGGUGAGGAUAAUGGCGCAGAUCAUGGCGAGAAUAGCUAUGAUUCUAUUGAAGAUGGAGAACUGAGUUUUGACUUAAGAUCAAGUAAGCAGGGAAUGGAAGUUUCUGCAGCAAGGAGUUCAAUGGAGAUUGAUGAAAUGGGUCAUUUGUCUCCUCAACCUCCAAGAGCGGAUUAUUCAGAUAUAAGUCUUGAUCAAGGUGAUUUUAAGUUUUCGAGUAGGGAGCCAAGAAGAGGUGGGAGCUACUCAGCCCCAAUAGUUUCUGCAGAGCCAAAGUUUGAUCCUGCCGAGAGAGCUAGACAAUUGCAACUGUCAGCUACACGGAAGCCUCAUACGUACGUGUUGCCUACACCUGAUUCAAAGGGUCUAAUUUAUUCAAAGACUAGUACGGUCCCAGAUGUGAGGUCAGGUGGACGCAACCACAACUUAUCACACUCCUCUCCAUUGGACGCAAAGCAUGAUAAGUAUUUUGGUGAUGAUAAUCUGACAGGAGCUAAUUUCUCAAAAGCUCAGUCGGUAGUCAAAGAGAGCCAUAGUGCUAAUACAUCUAUGCAAUUGCCGCCGCCUCCUCCUCCUCCUCUGGCAGACGGACUGGCACUACAUCAGCAUAGAAGACAAGCUAGUGGUCCCAUUGUAUCAAGUGAAGCACCUCAACUAGUUUCUGGAAUGUUUCCUCGUUUACCAAAUCCUCAGCCUUCUUCAUCUCCGAAAAUUUCACCAAGUGCUUCACCACCCCUUGCUUCUUCACCAAAGAUAAGUGAGCUCCAUGAGCUUCCUAGACCCCCAGGUAGUUCAGUUGUCAAGCCAACAAAAUCUUUUGGAUUGGUAGGCCACUCUGCUCCACUGGUCUUAAGGAAUCAAGAACCUCACAGUCAGAGUAAAAAACCUUCAGUGCCAACAAAUUUGGCAUCUCCACUUCCAAUUCCACCAUUGAUUAUUCCUAGAAGCUUCUCCAUACCUUCGAGUAGCCAAAGAACUAUGUCUUUGCAUGUAUCGAGGCAUUUGGAGUCUCCUCUGGGUUCAAGCAAACCGGAAGAAGUUGCUUCACCACCUUUGACGCCAAUUUCUCUAACAAAUGUGUAAACAAUAUCAACCGAGUCUGAAGUGGCCUUUUCACUCCAGUCCUAUCAAAGUUUCUGCUUCAAGCACAAGAUGGGAAAAGGGGAAGCUAGGGCAUAUAAAUGCUUCCCUAAACUCAAGUUUUGGAUUUUGCGCAUACAACGGAUGCAGUUGGGAGCUGAAAUCAAUAUAGUGAAGCAGUGCAAUUUCAGUUUUUUCCCCCUUAGAUUGUGUUGGGUUGCAGUGUCUUCAUGUUGGGUACAGAUGGGUCUGUAAAUAUAUUUUAUGUAAUGGAAAUUUCACUUUAGUUUUGGCCGUGGUUGUUCGAA